AGGCUGUACUACAAGUGCACGUUCAGCCGCGAGCGGCGGUGCGCGGCGAAGAAGCAGGUGCAGCAGAAGGACGACGGCGAGCCACCCAUGUUCCUGGUCACCUACCUCGGCGAGCACACGUGCCAGGCGCAGGCGCAGGCUGUUCCAGGCACACCUACCACCACAGCAGCGAGUUCGCCGCCGCCGACGACGACGACGAGCGGCCGGCGGCAGCAAUCGUCCUCCCCGGCGGAAAUCCUGGACUCGACGAUGAGCGGCGGCGCCAGCCUCUUUAGCCGCCUUCUUCUACCCCAUGCCGUCGGCGGGGGCAGCGCCGAAGAGGACGCCGCCAUCGUCACGUGCCUCGCGACUGUCAUCAGCGGAGGCGGAGGCGCCGGCGCACCACCGCCGCUGACGCCGUCGCCGAGCUGGCCAACGCUGGCCCCGGAGGCGAGCGGGUCGAGCGGCGGCGUCCCGGCGGCGUUCGUGCCGUCGGCGGGGCACUCGCCGAGCGCGGACGGGAGCGUGGCGGACGAGGCGGCGGCUGCGCAAAUGAUGGACAUCGACUACUGCUGCUUCUUCCAGUACGAUCCGUCAACGCUCUCCCCCGUCGAGGCGGCAGCCGACCACCGUCUGUUGAUCGGCGACGGCGACGUGCCGCGCGCCGCCCGGAUCACGGACACGGUGUGGCCGCGGUACACGUGCGACACGAGUGCAUGGCAUCGUUGA